UUAAUUACUGUAGCAGGUGACUUUCACUUUCGAUAUAUUUUAGAAUGAGGUUUAUAAUUAUUGCAUCAAGAUUGUUUAAUAAUACUAAUUCAUUUGCAUUUAAAGUAAAACAGAUUCAUAAGAUAAUGAAUUCUGGUUAUGAAAAAGAUCUUGUUACUGCAUUACGUGAUGUUGUGAAUGGGACGAAUUGGUAUUGUGCUGGACCAGUCUCCAAAUUGAAAAAAUACACGUGUAACAGGUUUUAUGCUGAUGAUGGAGAAGACAUUGUGUUGAUAUACAGUAAGAGGAAUGACAAGUUUUAUGCCCUUGGAGCAGUUUGUUCACAUGAAGGAGGCCCUUUGGAACAAGGUGACAUUGAAGAUUUUGAUGGUAGAGAAAAGAUUGUCUGCCCUUGGCACUCUUAUGAUUUUGAUCUGGAAACAGGGGAUUCAUCAUAUGGCCUUAAGCAAGAUGUAUAUGAGGUCUGUAUAAGGGAAUAUCAAGUCUAUAUAUACACAGCAAGUGAGAUGUCCACCAAGCCAUUCAAAAAACCAAUUAUCCCAAAGGACACAGAAAAAAACACAGAUGAUAAAGCUGUUGAAGAGAAGAAUGAAAACACAGGCAGUCUAACAUACUGGGCCUCGAAGAUCCUCAACACCGCUUGUCCGCAGCAAAAAGUAGAACUGACUCACAAAGUGGGAGAGAUGUGGAGGAAUGGGGACCUAACUGUGGGUGUACACCACCACCCUCCAGACCAGCCAGCAAGAGACAAAGAUUUAACAGUUGUCAAACCAGGAAAGGAGAGGAAAAGGGGGAAAGGAAUCUCGCUGGCAAGCAGAAUAUCCAAUCUGCAUUCUAUGGCCAACAUUGAGCAAUGGGCUAUUGACUUGUCGUGGGAUAUCAUUGCCCGCUUCUCAUCGGUAACACCAGAGGGCUCUGAUGAGGCACUUCCACGGGGUUUCUAUGAUGAUUUUGUCCAAGUGGCGUGUGAGGAAGCUAAGCAUUACAAGUUACUAUCAGAUAGAUUACAAGAUUUAGGGAGCCAUUUUGGAGCCUUACCUGUUCAUGGUGCCUUAUGGGAUUCUGCAACAAAGACCUCUGACAGUCUUCUAGCAAGGUUAGCUGUUGUUCAUAUGGUGUUCGAAGCAAGAGGACUUGAUGUUCAACCCAAAACAUUGGAAAAAUUUGCAAAGAACAAUGACCCAGAAUCAGCCGCCAUUUUGGAAAUCAUUUUCCGAGAAGAAAUCACUCAUGUUGCUGCUGGCUUGAGAUGGUUUACCUGGGUUUGCAAUCAUUCCAACCCUCCCAUGAUCAUAUCUAAAGCCACCCUUCAAUACAGAAAGCAGAAGUAUGGCAGGAAUGACAGAAGAAAUGCAGCAACAAUGAGUGAGUGUUGCAAAAUGGAAACAGCAUCAACUCCAUCAGAAAUGCCGCCUCCUCAGACGAAGGAUGUCAUAAAAAAUGGCAAAGCUGUUGUUGAGAUCUUGGAUUCUGACUCGGAGAGUGAUGACCCCAUAUACAAAUUUAAAUUUGACAUAGAAGAUCUUAUCACAUCUACCCUGAAUGAGUUUGGGGGCCCUGAGAGGGACGAAGAAUCUCCACAAAUGACAGAGACUUUAAAUGAUCUCAAUGGGCAGAUUAAAGGAAUUGAGAGAAAACAGAAAGAAAUUGAGAAGAUCUUCAGCAAUUGUGAGGAAAGAUUAAGAGUCUAUCAACAGGAGUUGGAGGAAGCAGACAAGGAAGAAAUGUUGAAAGAGGUGACUGCUGAAUUAGAAGCGAAAGAGGCAGCUGAGGCCAAUGCUAAGGCUGAGGAGACAGACUCUGAUGAUGAUGUUCAAAUUAUUGCUUCUUCUUUUGACGCUGAAAUUGCAGCCAAAAAUCAAAGACUUCAGGUUUUAAAGAUUCCACCGAUUGCUCAAGCUGGCAGCACAUCACCCACCCUGGCCAAUCUGAGGCAAGCUUUAGCAGGGGCUAUCAACAAUUCCAUCAACCAACAACAAGGCACUUCUCCACAGCCUUCAUCAAGUUCAUCAAGCAAAACCUCUACUGUACUGUCAAGUGCCCAAACUAAGCAAGCAUAUCUGCAGAUGGCAUUGGAAAUCAAAAUUGGAAGCAAGAUUCUCGGGAAGAAGCACAAUGAUAUCUGGUACAGGGGAACAGUGGUAGAUAUGUCCAAUGACAUGCAAGUAGCAGAGAGAACUUACACAGUCAAGUUUGAUGGGAAAGGAAGAAAAACAUUGCCAGCCUUAAAUUGUGCCUUCAAAGAUUCGCUGACAAAACCCGUGUCGGUGGGGACCAGAGUGGUUGCUCUUUACAAAGACGAGGAGUCCAUGGCAUCCUUUUAUGCUGGAAUUGUAGCCGAGACCCCAAACCAAAGAAAUGCCUACAGGUACCUGAUUUUCUUUGAUGAUGGAUAUGCACAGUAUUCGCGCUCAGACGACAUCCAUAAAGUGCUGGAUCAAAGUACAAAUGUUUGGGAUGACAUUCAUCAGGAUUCUCAGGAAUUCAUCAAAGACUAUCUCAAACAAUACCCAGAGAGACCAAUGGUGAGACUAAACAAAGGUCAGACUGUUAGGACAGAGUGGAACGGGAAGUGGUGGACUGCCAAGGUGGAAGAGGUGGAUUCAAGCUUGGCAAAAAUGUUUUUCCUGGCAGACAAGCGGAUUGAGUGGAUCUAUCGCGGAUCAACCAGACUGGAGCCCUUAUUCACUGCUCUGUCAAAUGCAAACAAAGCAACAGGAAAAAUGAGGCGGACAAACUUGCCUGCGGGUAAAAAACAUGUUGUGGAAUAUACCAGAGGAAAUUCAGAAGAUAGCAACUCGCAGGGUUCACAGGGCUCGCAGGGCUCACAGAACACAUCAGCUGGACCAAAGGUAGUCAAGCCCCAGAAGAGCACGGUACCAGUUCCCUCCUUUCAGUCUUCUGUGUCCAGACCCGCCUCUAGUACCGUGGUCCCGGGGAAAAAGAGGUCAGUGGCCAGAAAGAGCACCACCGGAUCCAACCAAUCAAAUCAGUCGAUUGUCUCCUCCAGUCCAAUGUCAGAGGGGGAACUCCAGAUGUCCAAAUGGGAGGCACCAUGGCUGAAAAAGAGGCAACCAGCCACCAACACCAAUGCAGGGACUAAAAAAUCAAGGGAGGUGUACUCGGCCAGCAGCAUCAGCAGUAACAAGGCAGGAACAGACAUGGCCAGUGUCCUACAGGAGAGACUGUCCAAGGUAGCCAAGGAUGAAGUCCCAGGGAGCCAAAACGCAGACUUUGACCGAAAUCAACUAAAACCAAAAGAAGUGGAUUUCUGGGACCAGCCACAAGCAGAGAUAUUAAAAACAGUUACAAAUGAGGAAAGGGAGAAACUCUUUGACUCCAAACAAUCAAAGACAACAAAAAGAAAUACAACAUGGGGAAUGAAGAUUUUUCAAGAUUGGAACAUGGAGGUCUUUGGUGCUACAUUAGACAUGCAAACAGUUGAUGUGUCAACCCUUGCCGAUCAUCUCUCGCGUUUCUAUUGUGAAGCCAGACCCAAAGGAAAACUUGAUGAUGGAGAUGAUGAUGAUAAUGAUGAUGAUGAGCCUUUGUACCACAAUAACACUCUGGUCAAUAUCCGAGGAGCAAUAAAUCGCCAUCUUGCUGACAUUCCCAGAAACAUAGAUAUCGUCCGGGACAAGGAAUUUCGGACAGCUAAUGGAGUUUUAUUUGGUCUAUUUAAAGAGCGAAAACGACUUGGUCUGUCGAAACCAACAAGACACAAGGAGAUUAUUGAGAUACGUGAUCUGCAGAAAAUUUACGAGUACCUCCAAGGUGCCAGAACAUCACCAGUGGUCCUGCGCCAUGCUGUUUGGUAUUUUCUGUCCAUCCAUUUUGUUACUAGAGGGGUAGAUUUCCACCAUCAGUUGAAUUUUGACAGCUUUGUCUUCUGCACUGAUGAAACUGGUCAGUAUGCUGCAAUACAGCAUGAAACGCUGGAAGAAAAUGAUCAAGGAGGAAAAGAUGCACAUGACAGUUGUACAGACGAGAGAAUGUAUGCAACUGGCGAUGAAAAAUCCUGUCCUGUUUAUCUGCUAAAGUUACUAUUAACAAAAACAGAUCAAAAUGCUACAAAUCUGUUUAACAAAUAUGUAAGAGAUAGAAUUCUUAACCCUGGGAUUUGGUUUUCAGCAAGACCCCUACACAAACGCACUUUCAGCAAGUUUAUCGGGGAGAUUUGCGCUGCUGCUGGUGUGGAGCGUAAAUACACACCCCAAUGUUUACAAGUUACUGCAAGAACUUACCUUAACUUACCCAAGUUUGAGGCAAGACAUUUAUUGUUCAUGUCAAAUCACAGGAAUGAGAGUUCACUGAAGACAUAUAACAGAUCACUCUCCUCCCACCAAAAGAAGUGUACUAGUUCAAACCUUUCUCCAAUGGCGCCUGCUUCAUCAUCGUCUCCCUCAACAAUUGUAUAUGUAGCUAUUCCAUCGGCGCCGACCAGUUUCUCUAGCUUGCCAUCACAAACCCACGAAAACCAACUUGAAAACUCUCCAUCCUCAUCGCCACAUGGGGCACAGAGUCUCACUUCCUCAAGAACUCCGACAGCUUUAGAUUUCAUUCCAUCUUCUUCCAUACCAGCAACUAGAUGUGUAGACAUGAACAAGCAGAGGAUCGAUCUCUUUGCUCCAAAUUAUGAGGAGUCACUAGGUGAAAGGUUGGACUCUGUAAUAUCUGUCAAAGAUCACCAGGCCAGGAAGAUCUUCAUUGACCAUGUGUGCGGACCAAGCUGUCUCCUGGAGGAUGACCCUGUCAAGUACAAGGGAACUAACCCCCUCCUGAUCCCCCUCCUGUGUGGCUGGGAAAGGCAUGUAUGUAAGAUUAAGCCAGCGUACAAAAGGGCUGUGCUUUACCGUGCUCCAUGUGCCCGGCGCCUGCGCUCUAUGGGGGAGGUGGAACUGUUCCUGGCGCUGACUGACAGUAACCUGCCCAUUGAUCUCUUCUGCUUCGACCCACAGCUUCACGUCCACAAAGAGUUUGUACCAGUCAAGACCUUUUGCGACAUUAAAGACUUGUCGUAUGGUAAGGAGAAUGUGCCUAUAUCCUGUGUGAAUGCCAUUGACCGAUCCUAUCCUGACUACGUAGAAUACUCCAACGUCCGCAUCCCAACCAAGGGAGUCCAACUCAACCUGGACCCUGACUUCCUGGCAUGCUGUGACUGCACGGACAACUGCAGGGAUAAAUCCAAGUGUGCUUGUCAACAAAUGACCGUGGAUUCCACAGCAGUAGCAGGAGGGAGAAUAAAUCCUGAGGCAGGUUACAGCCACCGGCGACUCCAAGAACCCAUCAGAACGGGCAUCUACGAGUGUAACUCCAAGUGCCGCUGUGACAAGCGCUGUGUCAACAGAGUGGCCCAGAAUCCUCUGGCGGUCAGGCUCCAGGUGUUCAAGACAGAGAAAAGAGGAUGGGGUUUGCGGUGUUUGGAUGACAUUCCAGCAGGAGGCUUUAUCUGUAUCUACGCAGGACAGCUGUUGACAGAGCAAGGAGCCAACACAGACGGUCAGCAGUAUGGGGACGAGUACCUGGCCGAGCUAGACUACAUGGAGGUGGUGGAGGGGCUGAAAGAGGGAUACGAGAGUAACGUAGACCAGGAUGAAGGCCUAGGGGACAACAGCGAAUACGAGGAGGAGGACGAAGAGGAGGAGAGCGAGGAGGAACGCAAUUACAGUGACUCAGACAGUGACUUUGAAGGGAAGAUGAGAAAUUCUGAGACUCCAGAUAAUCCUCACCACACAAGAACAAGAACCAGAAAGCAAGAGGGAAAUAACACGGCAGCUAAAGAGGGAACCAAGAAAGAGGCUUGUAAACUGGUUCUCAGGCGGGACUCCUCCAGGUCCACAGACCAUGAAGAAUGGUCUGUCAAACUGGGAGCCCCUACUUCAGGUGAUAAUUCUAUGAAUAUGAAUGACGUAAUCCUAAUCGACGAUGAAGAAGAUGAGAUCAGCCAGGAUCAGAAGCCUGAUCCGACCAAGUUGGAGAAGAUGGCUUCCAAUGACUCCCUGGACUCAGAUUCUCUUCCGGAUUUGGAUGCAGACUCAUCCUCAUCCAUUCAGUCAAAAAGUACAAUCGUAAAGGCAGCACCAGCUAUCCCUGCAGUUGAUCCGACAUGUCCUAAAAUUACUCAAAAAUUUACUGCUCGACGAAGUACCACUUCUCGAUUCAAGAACUUGCCAGAUCCAAAGCGUAAAAUAGGAUCAGAGGAACAUAGGAUUCAGGAGCAUGGAGAGGAAGAGGAGGUUCGCAGAGGGACAAGGUCCUACUUUCAGGAUGGCCAGGCCUGCUACAUCAUGGAUGCCAAAUCACAGGGAAACAUAGGAAGAUACCUCAAUCAUAGCUGCAAUCCUAAUGUCUUUGUUCAGAAUGUGUUUGUUGAUACACAUGAUCUCCGGUUUCCAUGGGUUGCUUUCUUCACCUUACAGUAUGUGCGGGCAGGCACAGAACUGACCUGGGACUAUAACUACGAGGUGGGCAGCGUCGCCGGCAAGGUCCUGUACUGCUACUGUGGGUCCUCAGAAUGCAGAGGCAGACUGUUAUAACAUCAAUUCUCAUUUGUAUUUCAAAUUUUUUCAUGUAACUAAUUAUACAACAAUUUUUUAUUAAAAUCUAUAUGUUACACUCUU